CCUGGAUUUUUAAUUUUUUAAAAGAAAUAAAUUUAAAAAACGAAAUAAUUAUUUUUUUGUUCCACGUAAUAAUUAAGAGCUUAUUUACAAGCAAAAUUUAUUGGCCAAGUUUGUGGAUUGUUGUGACUUACGAGAGAAAAAAAUAAUGUUUUUUCAAAUGUCACUAAAAAAUCUAGUUGUUUUUUGGAGUUAAGUAGAGAUAACUUGUUCGACUAGUGGACACCCCCCUUAAUAUAUGUCAAAAAAGUGCGUGACGUUUUAUCUUUUUUCAUAAUAAAGACAUAAAUUUUUAUCUCUCUCAAUCAAAAUAUAUGAUUUUUAUAUGAAUUUUCAACGUUUUUCGUUUGACAGAUUGGAUUUGUGCGCGCCCGCGCGUUGCAAUAUAAUUCCACGUGAAUUUUUUUGUUGUUUCGCAUGUCAUGAUACCGGUAAUAUUUAUGACAAUAAUAAUUUAUCAAAAAUUGUAAAUAAUAAUACAAAUGGAAGGAUUUCCGUCAGAAUGGGAGGUAAAGACGAAAAAGAAGAUUCAAAUGAUGAAAUAGUUAAAGAAGGAUUCAUGAUAAAACGUUCACAAAAUAAAAAACGUUUUACACCAAUUAAUUAUAAACAAAGAUGGUUUAUAAUAUCACGUCGUUAUUUGAUAUAUUAUGACACUGAUGGAGAGCGUCGAAAAGAACGAGGUCGUAUUGCAGUUGAAAAUAUCCACGUGGUGGAAACAGUAACCCUGGGAAUUGGGGUAGUUGGCGACGUGGCUACCGGAAGUGAAACAGGUUCAGGAAGUGGGGGUGGAAGUGGUGUACCUCCUGGUGUACCAUUUCAAGUUGGUUAUCGUGAUGCUGGACAAGAAUAUACCCUCUAUCUUCUCGCUGCAAGAGAUACAGAUAGAGCCGACUGGAUAGAUGCACUUCGUACAGUGUGUCGUGAAAAUCCUGGUUUAUCUGGACGUUAUCAUGCUGGCAUUUGGAAUGGUAAACGUUGGUCUUGUUGUCGUUUAUCAAGUAGAAAUGCUGAGGGUUGUGAUACAUGUAGUUUUUUUACAUCAAAAUUACCAUCAAAAAAUGCAACAAGCUCAACAAUAGUUACACCAACAAUAGCAACAUUAACAAAUACAAUUGAACAUGAUAGAAGAUCAUCACAUGCAAAUACAACAAUUACAUCAUUAUCAUCACUUGUAUCACCAUCAACAACACCAACAUUAGCAGCAACACCAACAACAGCAGCAGCAACAGCAUCAGCAGAACCAGCUAAUAAUCUAGGAUUUCAAUCACGCUCAACAAUUGGAACGCCCACGACGCAAAUAAUGCCUGGUGGAACACCGGGUACACCCUCCUCCAAAGCCAAGGAAAAAUUGAUGCUGAGGACGAAAACAGUUGUGGCACUGUAUCCAUUCCGUGCAAUUGAGGGUGGUGACUUGUCGCUAGAGAAGGGUGCUGAGUAUGAGGUGCUUGAUGAUUCACAGGAGCAUUGGUGGAAAGUCAAGGAUGGUCAUGGAUCAAUUGGAUACAUUCCCAGUAACUAUGUCAAAGAAAAAGAACUUUUGGGUCUUCAAAAAUACGAAUGGUACGUGGGCGACAUGUCGAGGCAACGUGCUGAAUCGCUACUCAAGCAAGAAGACAAAGAGGGAUGUUUUGUCGUUCGUAACUCAUCAACCAAGGGACUCUAUACUCUUUCACUCUACACAAAAGUACCACAUCCUCAUGUUAAACAUUAUCACAUAAAACAAAAUUCACGUGGUGAAUUUUAUUUAUCAGAAAAACAUUGUUGUGAUUCAAUACCAGAUUUGGUUAAUUAUCAUCGUCAUAAUAGUGGAGGUUUAGCAAGUCGUUUAAAAACAAGUCCUUGUGAUCGUCCAGUACCACCAACAGCUGGUCUUAGUCAUGAUAAAUGGGAAAUUGAUCCAGCUGAACUUCAUUUACUUGAAGAAUUAGGAUCUGGUCAAUUUGGUGUUGUUAGACGUGGUAAAUGGCGUGGUUCAAUUGACGUUGCUGUUAAAAUGAUGAAAGAAGGAACAAUGUCUGAAGAUGAUUUUAUUGAAGAAGCUAAAGUUAUGACAAAAUUACAACAUCAAAAUCUAGUCCAGCUAUAUGGUGUAUGUAGUAAAGAUCGUCCAAUUUAUAUUGUAACUGAAUAUAUGCGUCAUGGUUCAUUAUUAAAUUAUUUACGUCGUCAUGAAGCAUCAUUAGCAACAAAUGUUGGUCUUUUACUUGAUAUGUGUAUACAAGUAUGCAAAGGAAUGGCAUAUCUUGAACGACAUAAUUAUAUACAUAGAGAUCUUGCUGCACGUAAUUGUCUUGUUGGUUCUGAAAAUGUUGUUAAAGUUGCUGAUUUUGGUUUAGCAAGAUAUGUACUUGAUGAUCAAUAUACAAGUAGUGGUGGUACUAAAUUUCCAAUAAAAUGGGCACCACCAGAAGUAUUAAAUUAUACAAGAUUUAGUUCAAAAUCAGAUGUAUGGGCAAUGGGUGUACUUAUGUGGGAAAUAUGGACAUGUGGUAAAAUGCCAUAUGGUAGAUUGAAGAAUACUGAAGUUGUUGAAAGAGUACAACGUGGUAUUAUACUUGAAAAACCAAAAGCAUGCUUUAAAGAAGUUUAUGAGGUAAUGAGAAAAUGUUGGGCACAUUCUCCUGAAAUAAGACCAUCAUUUCGUCUAUUAAAAGAUCAGCUUGUUGUUGUAUCACAAGGUUUAAUUAAUGAUUGACUCAACCUUUUACGG